GCAACUACAUGCAACGGCCAUGCUGAAUUCUGCGAUCGAACGUUUGGCAACGUUACCUUUGUCGGCGCGCACGACUCUUACGCGAUAGGGGUCAACAACCUGGCCGUUAACCAGGAUCAAAGCAUAACCCAACAAUUGAAUGAUGGGAUUCGCAUGCUUCAAAUGCAAGCUCACAACCAGAGUAAUGUCAUACGCCUUUGCCACACUUCUUGCAGUUUACUCGAUGGCGGCACAUUAGAGGAUUACCUGAAAACAGGCGAGUUUGACUUCAAAACAUGGCUUGUCGCCAAUCCCAACGAAGUCUUAUCGCUCCUCAUUGUGAACAUUGACGACAUGCCUGCGUCGAGUUAUGCGCCGGUUUUCGUGGCGGCUGGUCUUGACACUCUUUCUUACGCCCCAUCGACAUCCCCCAUCGCCGUAUCUGGUUGGCCAACUCUUGGGUCCAUGAUUGAUUCUGGUAAACGUCUGGUGACUUUCCUCGACAACGGCGCCGACCUGACGUCUGUCCCAUACCUCAUCGACGAAUUUACAAAUAUCUGGGAGACGGCUUACGACGUCACUGAUCCUGCUUUUGACUGCAACGUGAACAGGACUCAUGCGACGGACACAAGCACGCAGAUGUAUCUCAUCAACCACUUUUUGGAUAGACUCCUCCUUGGCCAGCCAGUGCCUUAUGUGGACAAAGCGAACGUAACCAAUGCAGCGACGGGAGCUGGCUCGCUCGGCGCCCAGGUUACUACGUGUGUUGCAGCCUAUGGGCGCCCGCCAAAUUUCAUGCUCGUGGAUUUCUAUGAAUACGGAGGUGGCUCUGUUUUCCAAGUCGCAGCGUCGAUAAACGGCGUCACGUACAGCCCGACCACGCCUGUAGCCACACCUGUUACUAGUACCAGUACUGCGACCACCUUGGGAUCUGUGUCUACAUCCACAUCCACGUCUAACACCAAAUCA